UGGUUGGCUGAUGCCUGGCGGUGGGCGGGGACAGGGGGUUUCCUUGGCGACCAUAGAAGCUGCCGCUGUACACAGCUUGGCUCGCUCUUUGGGCUCCAGGUCCUAGAUUAUGCCCAUGAAGUUGAAAUGUUCAGAAAAUGAUCCAAACGGAUAAUCAAAACCAGGUUGCUUCUGAUGAAAUCAUUAAAGAGCUGUGCACCUGUAAUGGGCUCUCUUACGACAGAAUUGAGCAAGAAGGAUCUUCGGUGAAAAGCUUGGAGAUGUUUUUCUCAGGUUACCCCAGAAUAGUAGGGCUGACCCAUUUCCCCAGCUUAACAAGACUGACCCUCGUGAGACAGAGCAUCCAGGAAAUCUCCGAUCUGGAGAACUGUCCGUUAUUGAAAGAGCUGUGGGUAGCAGAAUGCAAUUUGACCAGAAUCAACGGUUUGCAAAAAUGUGUCCUUCUCCAGAAGCUUUACCUCUAUUGUAAUAUGAUUUUGGCUAUUGAAAAUCUGGAAAAGCUAACAAAGCUUGAAGUGGUUUGGCUUAAUGGGAACCAGAUUAAAGAAAUAGAGGGACUGAACACGCUGCAGAAAUUGAAGGAACUCAACCUUGCAGGGAAUCUCAUUAGUAAAAUCGGAAAUAGUUUUGAUCCCAAUGGAAAAAUAGAAAAAUUAAACCUAUCAGGAAACAGAAUAUGCUCCUUCAAGGAGAUCACCAAUUUGGCAAGGCUGCCUCAUCUAGUAGAUCUGUGUCUGAAUGAUCCCCAGUACGACCCCAACCCAGUCUGUCUCCUUUGCAAUUAUGCAACCCACGUCCUGUAUCAUAUCCCCCAGCUUCAAAGGCUUGACACUUAUGAUGUCUCUUCCAAACAGAUCAAAGACCUGGCAGAGACUACAGUGAUGAAAAAAGUCAUGUACUACAACAUGCGCAUCAAGGACGCCCACCGGCAGCUUAACGAGGAGCUGGAGAAACUGAAAGAGAGGAAGUGCAAGUUGCAGAAGCUUCCCGAAGAUCGUGUCAAACAUUUCAGCUGCAACAUCAAGCAUCUGGAACGAGAACUGUCAGAACUACAGACUUCCAGCAAAAAACGAAGCAGCAAAACCCUUUCCAGCCAACAUGUUGAAGGUGAAAAAUCAGAUGAGGAACUGGAGAGUCCGGAUGAGACUCUGGAAGAAUACAGUCUGGAGCAGCAGUUUCUGCAUAAAUUAGAUGCCCUCCAAAGCAGAAUAAACUUCUGGAACAAAAAAUUAGAGGAAGUGGAAGCCGUUUAUCAAGGAGAAGUGAAGAAGAGGAAGAAAAAGAGUAACCUGGCUGUACAGUUUUUGCUGACCGAGCUGGAAUCUGUGGGGAACACGCGCUUCGAAGAGGGAUCUCCCUGUGAUGCUUGGUUUAAUUCCUGCUACGAGUUAGUGCUGUCCCGCUUUUGUGCCUGGGACUUCAAAGCCUAUGGCAUCACCGGGGUGAAAGUCAAUCGCGUCGUCAGGAUACACAACCGGAUUUUGAGGCAGAAAUUUGAGGAGAAGUUUCAGAUCUUUUUGGACAAGGAAGAUUUAAACGAGUCCAUAAACUACAGAAAGAUGCUAGAAUAUCUCUUCUAUGUCUCUCCACCCGAAAUGUCCUUAAAGAAAAAACAGUUGAUUCAAAUCCUAGAGGAAGGCUUCCAAGAAACAAAAAAGGCCUCCGGAGAUGAAGACGUCGUCCUGCUCGCCAACAGCCUAAGUAUUUGUGAAUGUCCAAGGAUUGAAUAUUUGCAAAAACAAGCCAGAUCCAGAGAAGAGUUUGUCGAGUGGUUCCGACAUGAGGCUUGUUCUCCUGCUGACUACAAGAACUGUGACUGUAGCCUCCGCCAGUGUGAGUGGUUUCUCUUUGAUCCCGAGCUGGUUUUGCCGGAGUACGUCAUUGAGUUUGAAUACAUCACAUUGGUCAAAACAGAGCCUCUGUUCUCCUCACUCAGCAAUGUGAUUGUGGAGGAAGGAAGGAGGUGUUCGCCAGGUUUUGUGUGUUCUCGGGAUCUCCAGCGUGACGAAGACGCUUUAAGCAUGGAGCCCGUCGUUAAGCCCAAACCCAAAAUUGUUUGCUUGGAUGAAAAAACGGUGUUAACAGUUGCAAAAGCCAACAUUUACAGCCAGAUAAUGGUUCUGAACUUACAUGGGAAUAGGUUGAGCAAACUACGAGACAUCUCCAAGCUAACUGGACUUCGCAAGCUCAUCGUUAGUUUUAACGAAUUCACUUGCUUAGAUGAUGUUUACCACUUGGAUAGGUUGAGCAAACUACGAGACAUCUCCAAGCUAACUGGACUUCGCAAGCUCAUCGUUAGUUUUAACGAAUUCACUUGCUUAGAUGAUGUUUACCACUUGCCAGCCUCUGUGCGUUUGAGUGUGAUUGGCCAGCUGAAGGCUCUGACACACCUUGAUGGGAUCCUGGUUACCGAAGCUGAGGCAGUGGCCGCGAUUCAAUUUAUGGCAGACUCCAGAAUCACUCAGGUGUCCCUUGUGGAACAUUCUCGGACAGACCCAGAGAAGCUGAGAGUCCUCAGCGUCUUGCCUUAUGCCAAGAUCUUGAGUCAGAUCAGCAAAAACAAAGUCGACGUAUUCCAGAACAACUGGUUUUCUAAGAUCACUGUGUUAGAUCUGGAUGGCCAGCACCUCAGCAAAAUAAGCGGCUUGGAAAAACUGGAGAAUUUGCGGUGGGCCUCUUUUAGCAACAAUAACCUCACUAAAAUAGAAGGCCUGGAGUAUUGCCUCAAUCUGGAAGAACUCACAGUAGAUGGAAACUGCAUCUCCACCCUGGAGGGCAUUUCAAAACUCUCCAAGCUCAUGCGUCUGAGCGCCAAUAACAACCACCUCACCAGCCUCGAGAAGAAUAUUUUUGAGAACCUUUGGCACCUCCAUUAUCUCUCUCUUGAGAACAAUCGGAUCACAUCGCUGGCGGGCCUCCAAAAAGCCUACGCACUCAUUGAACUCUACAUAAGCAACAACUAUGUGUCUUCCAACCAAGAAAUCUAUCAGCUGAAGGGGCUAAACAAUUUGGUAAUCCUGGAUAUGUAUGGAAAUCUGAUAGUUUGGAAGCAAGAAAACUACCGUCUCUUUGUCAUUUUCCAUAUUCCGUCUCUGAAAGCACUGGAUGGCAUUGCUGUGGAAGCAACGGAAAUUGAAAAUGCUAAAGAUUUAUUUGGUGGCAAACUCAAUGCUGACAUGGUUGCAGAAAGACUGGGACACUCAGACUUCAGCAAAAUGCAGGAAUUAAACUGGACAGCUUCUAUGAUCAGAAUGGUAGAUUUGGUGCCAGCAGAGCAGUUUAAAAACAUCACCAGUGUGAAUCUGCAGAACAAUAAUCUCACCUCUUUCAGUGGUUUGGUCUUUCUCUCUAAUGUUAAGGUGCUCUGCCUAAACUACAAUCACAUUGAGUCGAUCCUACCCAGACAGAAGCCGACGAACCACUUAACAAACCGGCAGCAGCUGUAUCAGAAAGUGUCUUCCAGUGGAUAUGGACAGCAAGGAGCUUCCAAAAGCAACAGGGAUGCAGGAUUCAGCGAAGGGCUGUCGCCAAUCAUGGAGAGUUUGGAAGUUCUUCAUUUGGGCUACAAUGGAAUCACCAAUUUGGCUUUGCUGCAGAUCAGCCGGCUAAAAAACCUGAAGUUUCUGUUUUUGCAGGGUAAUGAAAUCAGCCAGAUUGAAGGGCUGGACGGUCUCCAUCUUCUACAGGAACUGGUGCUAGAUCACAACAAAGUGAAAACGAUCAACGAUAAUUCCUUCACCAAGCUGGGCUCCUUGGUGGCCCUUCAUCUGGAGGAGAACCGGCUCCGAGAACUGAACAAUUUACAGCCCUUGGGAAAACUGCAGAAACUUUUUCUUGGUCUCAACAGAAUUCAGGAUCUGUCGGAACUUGAAAAACUUGAAUGUCUUCCUUGCAUUAAAGAGCUCUCGAUCUAUGGAAAUCCUGUCUCCCGUAAGAUCUGCCACCGGCCGUUUCUCAUAUUCCGCUUGCCGACCCUCCAAGUGCUGGACGGUGUCACCAUCAGCCAAGAAGAGAGAACCAGGGCUGAAGUCCAUUUGCUGGAACAGCAAAUCUUUCUUCCUGCAAACUCACCAAUCGACUGUGGAUCCUUUCCAGGGCUGCAAGCAACCCUCCCUAAACAAUGCACCACGAGGAUUGCCAGUGUCGCCAACAUUAGCCUGAUGAGUGGUGUCAGCCAUUUAAACAGUCCCGAUUUUGCCUUUCCUUACACUGCUGAUGAACUGUUUGGGAGUGAGAGUAACAAAAGUAAGAAAUCAAAAACCGCAGCAGUGGGUGUAUGCAAUCCUCGGAGCAUCCAUGCAGAAGUCGCCAUCCGGCAGGCCAGGAGUACAUCAGCUAACCCUCCAAGCCAUGGGACAUCACAGAGCAGUUCCUCACGAACCACGUAAGGGAAACGAAGUUCUUUCAGGUAACUGGACAGCAGAACUAUGGCUGAACGAGAAGACAUUUGUAUUAGCCUUGAUCUAAAUAUUUGUGCAGGCUGUUGUUGCUCCACAGAAGAAUUACCCCACAGAAAUUUUUUUCUAUACUAUCACAGUUAUAUAUUUGUACUGUAUAUCCUAGAUCAAAGACAAAAAACAACAUAUUGACUAGCUUUCUUAAAGUUGGCGAAAUACCCUCUAUUUCCAACCUGAAUAAACCUUGAACUGAAUAAAAUAUCUU